CACCUCAUAAAAAAAGCUAAACAAAGAAACAAAAAAAUUCAAAGCUAAAAAGUGAUCAUCUGACGUCACCGUACCUUUGACUCGCACUCGCUCUCUCACAUCUUUAAACACCCCUUUCUCUUGUCAGCACCACCUCUUACCACUCUCUCUCUCUCUCUCUCUCUCUCUCUCUCUGUUUUCCGUUCACCACACUUCACAGCCUACGUUAUUUCUUUCUCUCGCUCAACUCAAGAGUGUGGCGGUGAACCAUGGUGAGAGACGAUUUAUACAUAACGGUUCCGAGCUUCUUCCGGUGCCCUAUAUCACUGGACGUCAUGAAGUCCCCCGUCAGCCUCUGCACCGGCGUUACCUACGACCGCUCCAGCAUCCAGCGCUGGCUCGACAACGGCAACAACACCUGCCCCGCCACCAUGCAGGUCCUACAUACCAAGGAAUUCGUUCCCAACCGCACCCUGCAGAGGCUCAUCCAGAUCUGGUCCGAAUCCCUCCGCAACUCUCCUGACUCACCCGACCCUGCCGACUCUCUCCUUUCCAAAGAUCAGGUCCUAGCCGCCUUCGCCCACUUGCAGUCCCGCCCCCUCGACCGCCUCGAAUCGCUCGCCAAAAUCCUCAGUUUCGCGCGAGAUUCUGAGGAAAACCGCAAGUAUCUUGCGAGAAUAGAAGCGUUCCUGCCUGCGCUGGUCGGUUUCCUCCUCAAUGUUGACGACGAUUUUCAGUUCCUUGAGCAGGUUGUUAUGGCGUUGAAUCUGAUUCUGGAUAAAAUCCAAGACCGCGAGGCCUUGAAAACCUUGAUGCUCAAGAACCAGAGCAGCAAUAGCAGCAGCUGCUUGGAUUCUCUGCUCCUCGUUCUGCAACGAGGAAGCACCGAUUCGAAGAUCUCCUCGGCUACGGUUUUGCAAUCACUCGCCAUGGAUACGGAAUCGAAGCUCUUGAUAGGGGAAAAGAAAGGCCUAAUUUCCCAAGUGCUCAGGCUAACCGCGCCGGACAAAGAUCCAGCGGUGAUCGAGAACGCCUUGUCGUGCCUUGUGGCAAUCUCCACGGCAAAAAGAAAUAAGUUGAUGCUGGUGCAUCUUGGAGCAGUGAAAGCGUUCUCGAAGCUUCUAACGGAAUCGAGCGUGAGCGCCUCGGUGGCGGAGAAGGUGCUGAAGCUUCUGGAAACGGUGUCGUCAACGAAGGAAGGGAGAACGGAGAUAUGCGAGGACAGCACGUGCGUGGCGGCGAUACUGAGCAAGGUUCUGAAGGUUUCGAGCGCGGCGACGGAACACGCCGUGACGACUCUGUGGAGCGUGUGCUAUCUGUUUCGUGACCAGAAGGCGCAAGAAGCGGUUACGAAGGCUAACGGCUUAACGAAGAUUCUGUUACUGAUGCAGAGCAAUUGUUCGCCUCCUGUGCGCCAAAUGUCCGCAGAUUUGCUUAAGAUUUUUAGAGUAAAUUCCAAAUCGUGUCUUUCUUGUUAUGACACCAAAACUACCCAUAUCAUGCCCUUUUGAUGGACAAGAAACAAUGAAAAAAAGAAUUGUAAAUCACAGGAAAUUUUGUUAGUGAAUAGUGAAACAUGCAAAAUUAAAAUUCAUCUUCAGUUUUUCUCUUUAAUUUCUCUUUUCUGGUUCCGUUUCCAUAGAAAAAUUUAAUUACUGUAACACGUUAGCUGGGUCUUGUUCAUGUGAAAUUCGUUAUGAUUCCUUACAAGUUAGCUGGGAUAGUUUGGGUUAUGUUAGGGUUGAAAGUGGGUAAACAGAACAAAAAUGUCACUGCAUCUGAGAGAUUAUGUAUACUUUUUUUACACUUGGUGGAUGGUCCACUACACUAUGGUCAGCAGAAAAUUCGGCCACUUUGUAUUAAUAAUGUAAUUCACUUGUGAUCGUA